UUCCACUGUUCCACUUACACCCGCAUGUCCACCAUCAGCCACUAUUCGUCAAGUGACACUGUAAAGUGUGGUGAUCCAGCCCCUCUUUCAGAGAAGCAAGAUUACAUGGAUGCUGCCUACACAGCUAUUGCCGAUGUGACAGGACUGGGUCUUGGUCUGUACGGAAAACGCGAACUCAUCAAGUUGAUUGGUGCUGCACCCGGCUCCAGGAUGCUCGACAUGGCUGCAGGGACUGGAGAUGCCGCGAUGCUAUUUUUCGAGUAUCAGGAAAAGGUCAAUAACGACAACAAGGCGACAGCAACACUUAAAAAGCGCCUGGCGGACACUUCUGGCCACAAGGAUGGACGUAUCGAGUACACGCAGGGAAAUGCUGAGCAUAUGCCUGAAAUUGCAGAUGGCUCAUUCGACGUAUACUGCUGCAUUUUUGGCUUGCACAACAUGCCCAACCGUGCCAGACCUGGUGGAAAAAUCUGCAUUGGCGAGCUCAAUGGAGGAAACGGGGCACUUGGAAAAGCGAUCUUUGGUACUUUGAACAGGUACGUUUUUGACAGGGAGAUGGCGAACCGCAUUAAGGAGAGCGUGUUGGCAUUCCCAUCACCAAGCGAUUUUGCCAAUGAGCUAAAGGACGCAGGGUUUGAGCUCGAGGGCUGUGGCUACCACUCAUUAGGUUUCAUUGGUAUUAAGCCCAUGUAGACCAAGUUUAUACUUUAGGGAGUAUAUUAUAAAAAUCUAUAUCAAUUGGUUUGUACACAGUACCCAGGGGCUCAUGUCG